AUGGAAAAAAAUAAAAUUGAGGAGCUUUGGAAAACAUAUAUUUGUCCUGAACGAAAACUAAAAAGAUCUAAAUAACCAAAGGAAAAGAAACGAUACAUUAAAAAGGCUUAUCCAUUAGAAUUUGGACCAGAUGGAAAAACUUUAUUGUAAAGAGGGCCAUGGACACAGCAAGAAAGAGAAAUUUAUUUAUAAAUUUGUUAAAAACAUGAAAAAGAAUGUUAAUCAAACCAAACAAAAGAACUAUUUUAAGAAAUUCUACAAUUAAUACCAACUAGAAAUCUUACAUAACUCAAAGGUUAUCAUAAUAAUCAUAAUCCUUUUCAAACCAUAGUAAUAAAAGAAACUAAAAGAAUUAGAAGAACUAAAUUGGAAAUGAGCUAAGAGAAACUGAAAGAAUUUGCUUUAAAAAAUAAAAGGAAAAGAUAAAUAAAAUAAUUAGAGAAACUUUCCAGCCUUAAUAAUCAAAUUCUCACAUUAGAAACAUAAAUUAUACAAUUUAAUUUAGAAGAUGGAAAAUAAAUUGAAAUAAAGGUCUUUAUAAAUACUGAUUUAUUAUUAAAUUUAAAUAAUAUAGAAGAUUAGAAAUAAGAUAAGGAUGAAAUAAAAACUGAAAACUUAGAUAACGUAAUAGAAGAAUUAAAAGAAUAAAAUAAUUUACCAAAGAUUUAAAAAGAUAAAAUUGUUGUAAGAAUACGUAAUCCACUUGAAGUAAAGGUUGAAAAUGUAGAACUGGAAUCUUCCUUCAUUAAUGAGGCUAAGUAAAUUGCUUUUAAGGAAUUAAUUAGUUUAAUUUAAUUAGAAAACAAAUUCAAUAAAAAAUAAUUAAUCGAAAAGAUGCAUUAUUAUCCAAUUGAGAAACCUUAAAGAAUAUUAAUUAAUUUUAAAUAAAAAAAAGAUAAUAUGCUUUAAAUUGAAUAAUAAUAAAAUAAUGAUAAAGAUGAAUAAUAAAAAAAAGAUAAAUAAAUAUAAUAAAUUAUUGAACCAAUUAAAACUUAAAAUGUAUAAUAAACCAUAUUUUCACCAGAAAAAUAAUAAUAAACAUCGCUCCAAAUUAAUAAUCUUGAUAAUUAAAAAAUUAUUAUUUUAGAUUCUUAAGAAUAAGCAAAUUAAAAUUCAAAUAGCAUACUAAUCGUGGAUAAUAAAAAUAUUCAAAUUGAAUCUUUAAUUUAAUAAUAGUAAUAGAUUAAUAAAUCAAAUUGCUUAAUUUAAUCACAAAAUAAAACUAAUUGUGGACAAGACAAUUAAGUUAUUGAAUUAACUAAAAAAGUAUAAUAAGAUUAAGAUAAGACUAAUAAAGAAGAUUUGAAUUAGUAAUUCUCUCAAAAUUAAGAAAUAGAUGUUGAAAUAAUAAAUGAAAAUAAAAAAACUAGAUAAAAGCUAUAAUAAUUAAAACAUAUAUAAAAAUAAAUUAAAAGAGAAAAAAAAAUAAAAAAAAAAAAAUAAAAAUAAUAAAAAUAAUUAGAAAUCGAAUUAGAAAAAGAAAUAUAAAUAGAAUUAGAAAAGGAAAGACUUAAAUAAAUAGAAAGAGACAAAUAAUAAGAAAUUUUGAAAUAAAAAAAAUAAGAAUUAUAAAAAGAAAAAGAAAGACAAAGAGAGAAGUUAAAAGAAAAGCGUUUAUAAUUUUGUAAUGAAAACGAUAGAAAAGAAAGAAAUAGAACUAAAAAUAGAGAGCUUAGAUCACAAUAAGAACUUUAUUAAUCAUAAAAUAAUAACAAAAAUAAAGAAUAAAAUUAAUUAGUAAUCCAAAACAAUUAAAACUAAAAAUCUUCAGAACAAAACCAUCGCAUAAAAAAAUAAAAAAAACAAGAAGGAUAGGUUGCCAUUUAAUAACAAAUAGUAGAAUUUAAUCAUUAAUAAUAAUAAUAAUAAUAAUAAUAAUAAUAAUAAUAAUAAUAAUAAUAAUAAUUAUUAUUAUUAUAAGAAUAAAACCCUUCAUCUUAUCUCCCUCAUCAAUUUUAAAUCCCAAUCCUUGAUCAAAUGUAAUAAUAAUAUUUCAUCAAAUAAACUUAAGGGAAUUAAUUUUUUGGUCAUAAUGAUUGCUUUUAACAAUUAAAAUUUGUUGAAGGAUAAUAUUAAAAUUAAUAGGAAUAAAACAGUUUAAUAAAAGAUUAAAAUAAUCCAGAUAAUAAUCCUUAGUUUCCUAAAAUGGUUCCGAUGUAAAUCUAAAAUUAUCUUUAAUAAGACUAAGCUAUUUCAUAACUCUAGCCACAUGUUGCAUUUUAACCUUCUUAACCUUUUAUAGGAAAUCCUUACUAUUAUCCUUAAUUUUUACCUCUAAGACAAAUAUAACAAUAAACUUAAGGCCUUAAUGAAGCAUAAUAAAAUUUAAAUAAAGAUUAUCAAGUAGAAAUGAUGUACGUAUUUUAAGAAGUUCCUUAAAAUUUUGAUCCAAAUUUCUUUUUUUAAUUCUCUCCUCAAAGUUUUGUUUCUAUACCUGGAGGUUCCAAGUUAGGAGAUGCUCUAAAAUGA